UCCAUCCUCCUUGCUGAAUUUAUUGUGCAAAUCAAGGCCAAGGAAUAUUUUUGGAAAUGUGUUAAUACAGCCAGCUUUUGAACAGAGUGCAUUGUCCGGAGCGAAAGAGAUGGAGAUUUCCCCUUCCCCGCCGAAGAAGACAGAGAGGACAAACUUAUUCUUAAGACAUGCAAUGCGACGGAAGCACAGUUUCGUUCACUUGGUUUUCAUGGGAGGCAUUUUCCUGCUGAGCAUGAAGACCACCGGCCAAAAUUAUCGAAUUAGCGAGCUCCUCGAAGAAAAGGCGGCAUUGCAGGAGGAGCAGCUUGCUCUUCUCAACAAGUUUGGAAAUCUCAAACAGAAGUUGCUGAAUGAGGCCGAGACUCAGGCCCAAUCCUCUUUUUCCUCGUCCCUUCACGCUCUUCUUGCUGAAUUGCCAGGUAAGAAAGAGCAGUGAACCCAUCAAGCCCUUGGGCUUUGUUUAGGUUGAAGGAGAAAACUAUGCUCUUCACUUCCUCUUUUGCAAUGAGUUGCAUAAGGUUUAAUUUUCUGCUUUGGAAAUCUAUGUUGGAGUGUGCUGAAGAAUUGUAUAUCUAACCAUUUGUUGAUGAGCUGAGUUUGGUAGCUCAGAGAGAGUUCCUUGAAAGAGUUCCAUGACAAAUUUCAGAAGCUCCUCAUGAAAAUAAUAUAAUCCCUAGAAGUAUUUUGCAAACUGUGUUGUAUUAAAAUACCUUUUGUUUGGAGUUAAAGUGUGAAAGUAUUUGAUAUUGAA